AUAGCAUUAUGUUUGUUCGAGGCAACAACAAUAUCGCAUCGCAUAGGGUUUGAAACUUCGCGAGUCCGCCCGUUCACGUUUGAAUAGAUAGAAACGAAAGCACUCUAACGUUACCAUUUCUCUGUCUCUCUUGUCUCUCUCUUAAGCAUUUCUUCCAUUUCUGAGCGUUGCAACAGUUCACUCUUCAAACCUUCUUCUUGGAUCUGCAAAUGCCUACCGCUUCGAUCUUCGAUCCUUCGCUAAGUUAGUUUUGUGCAGUUUAUUCCUGCGGCCCCUUGGAAAGGGAUUAUAAUGAUUUGGAGAACCAACUUUGAAGAGAGUUGCAAUCCCGUGAGAAUUGGGGUAUGUGCUUUUAUUUUUAUGCCAACAACCUAUGGACGGUGAGCAGAGCAUGGCUGCUCCAUCUCAUGGGCAAGUUGAUGGUGCUCAGAAAGUUAGAGCAUUACAUGGGAGGACUACUGGCCCUACAAGGCGUUCUACAAAAGGGCAAUGGACACCGGAGGAGGAUGAUACCUUACGGAAUGCUGUUGAGAGAUUCAAAGGAAAAAAUUGGAAAAAAAUUGCUGAAUGUUUCAAGGAUAGAACUGAUGUGCAAUGCCUACAUAGGUGGCAGAAAGUUUUAAAUCCUGAACUUGUUAAAGGUCCAUGGUCUAAAGAGGAAGAUGAAAUAAUUAUUGAAUUGGUGAAGAAACAUGGGCCUAAAAAGUGGUCAACUAUAGCACAACAUUUACCUGGACGUAUUGGUAAGCAAUGUCGAGAAAGGUGGGUUAAUCAUCUUGAUCCUACUAUAAAAAAGGAAGCGUGGACUCAGGAAGAGGAGUUGGCUCUAAUACAUUAUCAUCAGAGUUUUGGGAACAAAUGGGCCGAAUUGUCGAAGGUCAUUCCUGGAAGGACAGACAAUGCUAUUAAAAAUCACUGGAACAGUUCUGUCAAAAAGAAAUUGGAUUCUUAUUUGGCAUCAGGCCUGCUUACUCAGUUUGAAUCUGUUCCUCAUGCUGGAAAUUUGAAUCAACCAACAAGGUUGCAGUGUAGUAGAGAUGAUAAUGGUCCCAAGUCGACUGAAGGAGAGGAAGUUUCAGAUUGCAGCCAAGGUUCAGCUAAUGCUGUUUACUUUCCAUCUGCUACAGGUCCGAGCAGUGUUGACUUGCAAACUGGAGAGGCAUAUAGGCCAAAUGAAGAAUGUAGUCUUGGAAAGGAUCAUAGUCCGAGUCGAGCUUGUUCAGAGCCAUAUUAUGUAUCAAUUGAUGAUGUUACUAUAUGCAUCCCAGAAAUUGCUCACCAAGAGGCUUGCACUUCUCAAUUCAUUGAGCAACAGUCACAUGAACCUGGAAAUUCCAUUUGUGGGGAUUGCCAGUUCAAUUUACAUUCCUUACCCAAUGUUUCAUCAAUGGUCUUGGGGCAGGAAUCCUCGGAGUUGCAAAGAGAUUUUAUAGCUCCUUGUGAAAUCUGUGACAUGGUGAAUGCUCCAUUUCAGACUUCAGUGGAGUUAGGUGUUUCAACGUCCAUGGGACCUGCAUCUAUGGAUUCUCUAAAACCAGAGCACAUGUUGAUAUCUGAUGAUGAAUGCUGCAGAGUCCUGUUUUCAGACGCAAUGAAUGAUGGGUGUUUCCCUCGUGUAGAUUAUAAUAAACGUGAUGAUAUAGUUGAAUUUUCUGGAUGCACUUCAUUUUGUCAAUCUUGUAAUAUCCAGAUAUCUGAAACUGGUGGAACCUCAACUUCACAGCUAACUUGUCCUCAGUGUUCUAAUAAUUAUAAAGGAAUUUCAUCCUCCCAAUCUGUCCCUCUAGUACUUUCUGCUAGUGAUGAUAGGUUGGGGCCUACUGCCAACGGCAAUCAAUUAUUUGGGAUGGAGGAUCACCACUUUGUCUCCAGAGCAUGUGCUAACUUCACUUAUGUCAACAACAUAUCCAGUUCUUGUGUUGAUGGGGUAGGUAGUGCAGUAAUGGAAGAGCCACAUGAUAUUCUGAAGGGUACUUCAAAAUUGGUCCCUGUAAAUAAUUUUGGCUGUGGAUCAGAUGCUAAGCAAACUUGUAAUCCAACAGCUGAAAAAACAAAUGUGCAUACAGAAAAGGAGGGCUCAGGAUCUCUAUGUUAUGAACCUCCCCGCUUUCCAAGUUUGGAUAUUCCUUUCUUCAGUUGUGAUCUUGUACAAUCUGGGAGUGAUAUGCAGCAAGAGUUUAGUCCAUUGGGUAUCCGCCAGUUUAUGAUGUCAUCUAUGAACUGUCUUACUCCUUUUAGGUUGUGGGACUCACCCUCUUGUGAUGAUAGUCCAGAUGCACUGUUAAAAAGUGCUGCUAAAACUUUUACUGGUACACCAUCCAUAUUAAAGAAACGACCCCGAGAUUUGUUGUCACCACUCUCAGAUAAAAGAAUGGAUAAGAAACUUGAGACUGACAUGGCAUCAUCUACGUUUACCAGAAACUUUUCCAGUUUGGUUGCUGCAUUUGGUGACAAUGAGACUCGAAAAGCAGAUAUGCCUUCAUAUUCAUAUCCAUUGCAAAAACAGAACAGCAGGGCAUCUGUUGAUGAUGAUAAUAAAGAAAAUUGUGGACACACUUAUAAAUGGGAACAAUUAAUGAAUUGUUCCCCAAUUAAAUCUGCAACUUUGGAUGAAAAGAACUCUCAAAGAGAUACUGUUGACGGCAAUUCUCAGCAUAAUGUCAAGCAACGACCUCUUGAUUCUAAAAUGAAGACUACUGAGAUUGAGCAACAACAAUCUGGAAUUUUGGUCGAACAUGAUAUGAAUGACCUGUCACUGUCUUCUCCUGAUCAAGUUGGUUUAAAAUCAGAUAGAGGUCUGGAUUCAAGUGCUAAAAUUACAAAAGGCUUGAACAAGUCCUUGGAAGCAGCUUCAAAUCAGAGUGGCCAUUUGAAAUUAUCUUCUAAAAAUCCAUGCCCAAGGGUUAAUUCUUGUUCUCCUUGUGUUCGCGCUAAAGAGCAUGAAGGACUUUCAGUUGCUGUUACUCGUGUUCAAGCUCCAGGGGACAAUUCAGGGGAACAAACCAGAAAAGAUGGUGGUUUUGAAACAUGUAGCAUCUUUGGUGGAACACCUUUUGGAACACCUUCUGCGUGGAAAUCCCCUUGGUUCUUCAACACUUUUCUAUCUAGCCCCAGACUUGAUACUGAAAUUACAAUUGAGGAUUUUGGGUAUUUUAUGAGUCCAGGUGAUAGAAGCUAUGAUGCACUCGGAUUGUUGAAACAUAUCAGUGAACAAACUGCUGCCACAUAUGCCAAUGCUCAGGAGAUUUUAGGAAAUGAAACUCCCAAAGCAUUACCAAAAGAUGCAUCUGAAAACGACAAGGAUAAGGACCAUGAAAAUAAUUAUCCUGUCAAUCAGUCUGGGAACCAUUCUCAGUUGCCUUCAAAUGCUUUGAUAGAGCGACGCACACUUGACUUUAGUGAAUGUGAAACACCAGGCAGAGAUGAAAACAGCAAAUCCUCAGCUAUGAGCUUCUCAAGCCCUUCUUCGUAUUUGAUGAAAGGUUGUAGAUGAUUGUCUAAUAAGGCUAAAUAAAACCUGUUAGAGUUUGGUAUCUUGAGUUAUGAAUAUAUGAUGUGUAUAGUAUACCAUUUUUAUGAAUAGAUUUUUUGUAUGAAGCACCUCAGCAAUCAAAGCUGAUUGAAAUAAAAAUGUUCCUUUCAUUCGGU